UUAUGUUAAUCGAAUUUGUAAUUUGUGGUAGUUUACGUUUACGUUGGUUUAGUUCGGAUAGAUUAGUUCCUUAGUGUUUAGUAUCAAGAUCAAAUGAUAUAUUUUGUUUGUUUGUUUGCUUGCUGAUAGUUUGUGCCACUAAAUUGGCCCUAAAGAUGACCUCUGCUGAAGAAGAAAACUUUCCUCGAGGUUGUAGAAAAGUAAAUUUGCCUCAGAAAAGGCCAAAAGAUGAAAAUUUAUUUCAUACAGAAAAUAUCCAUAAGGUAAAGAAAUCUAAAAAAUCUAAAAGAAAUCAAAAGGAAACUGCUACUGACGAUACGUUUCAUAAUUCCUUAAAAAUACAAGGAACUUUGUCUUAUAAUAAAAUUCAAGAGGGUAUGAUUAUAUUGGGCUGUAUUAGGCAUAUAACAAAUUUUUCAUUAGAAGUCGAAUUGCCAGGCUUAACUUUUGGUUUUGUACAUAUAACUAACAUCUCGGAUGCUUUCACCAAACAUUUAAGUAAUAUAUUAGAAGAAAAUGAAGAGAGUCAAGAUGUUUUGAGAGAUAUGUUUAAAAUUGGACAGUUUGUUAUUGUAAAAGUUUUAAGUAUUGAAAAUGAAGAAAAGGGGACAAAAGUGAAGUGCUCUUUAAAACCAAGUGAUAUUAAUUAUGAAAAAUCUCACGACUCUUUUAAAAAAGGAAUGCUAGUUUGGGGAUGCGUUCAGUCUGUCCUUGAUCAUGGUUAUGAAAUGAGUCUUGGUGUUAAAAAUUGUAGAGUAUUCUUACCCUCAAAAAAUGUUGAUGAAGGAAAACUCUUAUCAAUUGGUGAACCCAUGUGGUGUGCAGUUCACAAAAGUGAAAGUACAAGUUCUGUUACAACAAUAAGAGUUAGUUCAAAAAUUCAACAUGUUAAAGAUUUAAAAACUGAAGAAAUAAAUAGUUUACACGAUAUCAUACCUGGUAUGCAAAUGGAAAUAGUUACUGAAAAGGUAACAUCUAAUGGUAUUCAAGGAAAGUUUUUAAGUAAUUACUUUGGUUAUAUAGAUCAGACUCAACUAAAAUCUUCAUCGGAUGAAUUAGAUUUUUAUAAGGAAGGGAAAUUCAUAAUGGCAUUUGUUCUAUAUAUAGAACCGAAUACAAAAAUAACACAUUUUACUUUACGAAAUUUAGAUACCGUGCCCCCACCUCCUCAUGCUGUGGGUGAAAUAUUUUCAGCUAAGGUUAUAUCCAAAGUAUACAAUGGAAUUUAUCUAAAGCUUCCUUCCAAAGAAAAAUGUUUUGUUACCAACAGAAGGCUUAUGCAUGCAUUACCAAAAAAUCCAAAUUUAGAUAUAUCUGAAGCCAUUCCUAAUAAGUUUCCUGUGGGAAGUACUCAUACUUGUAGAAUUUUAGACUACAGUCAUAUGUCAAAGAUGUAUAUUUGUGCUCUCGACCAAGCUUUAGUAAAAGAGAAGCUAUUUUGUAAUAAAGAUAUUAGUGUUGGCCAAUUACUUAAUGUUACUAUAGAUUCUGUGAAGCCUGAGGGUCUAGUUGUAGUUUCUGGUCAUAUUAGAGGCUUCGUACCUAAUCUGCACAUUUCCAACGUUGAAUAUAGUGAAAGUGUUCAGAAAAAAUUCAAACCGGGAGAUAAAGUCAAUGCAAGGGUGCUGUUCACAAAAGAGGAUAAUAUAAUAUUUACUUUUAAAUCAGGACUUGUCGACUCUGAAAAGUGUUUGACUUCAUUGGAUCAAGUAAAAAGAGGUGAUCAGUAUUCUGGUGUAGUAGUUAAAACUAAGUUAGCAGGAGCAUCAGUAGUUUUCUACAAUAAUGUAAUGGGCUGGAUAAGCAGGCAACGUCUUGGGGAUGAAGAUGGUGUUAUAAAAGUAAAUCCAACGGAAUACUUUUAUAGAGGACAAGUGAUUAAUCCCUGGGCUUUGGGUGUGAAAGGUGACAAAGUAAUUUUAACAUUAAAGCCACCUGCAAGCUUUAAAAGAGAAGUAAACAUAAAAAUUGGACAGAAGAUUAGAGGAACUGUUGGUAAAAUACACAAAGAUAGGGUUGACAUUAAAUCGGCAAAGGGUGUAAUGUUAGGUGUUGUCCCAGUUAACCAUCUCAGUUCUUCUUUAUCCUUGUGUUCUACAAUUUUGAAAACUCUCAAAACAGGUGAUGUAAUGCCGGAUUUAUUGUGUGUAAGUAACAAAAGCAGUCCUUUUAUUUUAUCCAGAAGAGAAGCCUUAGCAAAUAAGAGACGAAAAACAAUCAGGAUAAGAAAUUUUGAAAAUCUUCGACCAGGAUUUCUUUUAAGAUGUUCAUACGUUUCUAAUUGUAAUGCAGGAAUCUAUGUUUCACCUUUGAUUUUUGAUUUCACAGAUAAUAUUUUAAUUAAGAUUGAGGACAUUGUCAGUAAAGGAGAAUCUUUACCAAAAUUUUUAAAAGACCAAAGUAUUGUAGCUAAAAUAUUAACUAUAAAUCAUGAAACUAAGGAGAUCAAUUUGUCUAUUAAGACAGCUUUUGAUAAUAGCGUUGAAACAGUUGUUAGUUACUUCAGUCAACAUUUAGCAGACAUAAAGUACCUUAGAGACUUUGGUCGUAACCACGGCUGGGAUAUUUGCCAGUAUCAACCAGGUGAAAGAGUUAUGUGCAAAGUAGAACAGUUAGGUGAUGAGGGAGGAUGUUUAAUUAGUUUAUCUAAUGAAGUUAAAGGAUUAGUUCCGCCCCACCUUUGUCCAGAAAAUUUAAAACCAGGUCAAUCAUUAGAAGGUGUGUUCUUGUCUCAAGAUUUUAGAGAAAAUUAUGUUGAAGUAUGUCUCAGGAAAGAUAUGUUACAAAAAAUAAACAGCGUUCAAGAUGGUAUUAUAUCAAUUUCAUCACUAGGUUCCUCUAUAAUAGAAAAUAUAUUAGUGAAAAAUGAUCAUGUACUAGGUCUUUUAAAACAAAGUGGUGGUAACAAACAGAUGAUAUAUAUACCUUUAUAUUUGCAUGAAAAUGACAGAAAUGGAUGCCAUACUUACUAUCAAAAAGAUAAACUUAAAAUUUGUAUUUGUGGUAAAUUUAGCGAUUAUUUAAUUGGUACGAGUAAAAAUUUAUUUUUAACAUUGGAUAAACAAAAAUUAUUGGAGACUAAAAAGCAGUCAUUGAAUAAUAAUGGAAAAUUGCGAGAUUCAAUUAACAGCACUGAAAAUACCAUAAAAUGUAUAGAAAAAAAUGGAAUUGCUGAAGUUAUUUCUAUACGCGAUUCUUCCGAGAGUGAGGUUAUUUUAGAAAAGGAAGAAGAAGAAGAUGAUGAUGAAAGUAGUAAUACAUAUGUUUUAAGUAGUGAAAGUGACCAAGAAUUAGUAGAAGAAAGUUCUGUAUCUAGUAAGCAGGGUAGUAAGAGGAAAAGAGAUGAAACGAAUAUGGUAAAAAAUAUUAAAUUUGGCAAUGAAAUUGUUAAAAGUUUUGCCAGUAGCGAUUCAAUAACAGGACCACUUCCGGUACUACCAGGUGUUUCUUCAUUUUUUAACCCUCACAAUGAAGAAGGCGAUAAAACAUCCUCAGAUGAGGAGGAAGAGGUAGAAGUAGUUAAAAAGAAAAAGAAAAUGACGCCAGCAGAAAGAGCAGAACUUGCUCGUCAGGAAGAAGAAAGAUUAUUCAAAAUUGAAAAGGAACUGGCGGAUCCUACUAGAACACCAGAAACUGCUGAACAAUUUGAAAGAUUACUAUUGGCUAAUCCCAAUUCUUCUGAACUUUGGGCACGUUACAUCACUUUUCAUAUUGCUGCGACAGAACUUGAUAAAGCUAGAUCCGUGGCUAAAAGAGCUUUAGAGACUAUCGACAUUACUGCAGUGACAGAGAAAUUUAAUAUUUGGAUAUCGUUACUCAAUCUAGAAAAUUUAUUUGGAACUAAGGAAUCCUUUGAUAAAACCUUUGACGAAGCAGUCAAAUAUAACGAUGCUUUAGAUAUAUAUCUAAAUGUUAUCAAAAUGCUUUCUGAAAGUGAAAAAUUCAUUGACAUGGAAGAAAAAAUUAGAAAAGUUAAAAAUAAAUACAAGCAGGAUCCAAUUAUGUGGCUAGCAGUAGCAAAAACUUACUAUUCGAUAAAAAAAUUUAAAGAGGCUAGAAAUAUUAAAGAAGCAGCGUUAAAAUCUAUAAAAGACAGAAAAACACAAUUAAAUUUAAUUAUUCGUUUUGCUAUUAUGGAAUUUAAAUAUGGAGAGGAACAGCAAGGAGCUGCAAUUUUUGAAACAAUUCUCAGUUCAGAUCCAAAGAAAGUUAAUGUUUGGAUAAUUUAUGUGGAUCAGCUUGUCAAAAAAGAUAGAAUUGAGCAAGCUAGGAAAGUCUUGGAGAGGUCUAUUUGUCAGAGGCUACCAUUGAAGAAUAUGAAAACACUCUUCUUGAAAUUUAGGAUGUUCGAAGAACAACACGGAACUCCAGAUUCAGUGGAGGCAGUAAAACAGAGGGCUGCUGAAUAUGUUGCAAAUGCCGUUAAGAGUUAAAAUAUUCAGUUACAUUUAAUACAAAAGUUAUUUUUAAAUGUUGUGUUAUUUGUUUCACAAUGGAUUUGUUAAUAAAUGUAAUAAAAACUA